UGCCAGAUUUUCCUGUUUUGAUGUGAAGAUUCUACUUAUUAUCAAUCAGUAGGUUUUCGAACGUUGCCGUGUUAGUGUCGGGUUGGGGCAACUUAAGUACAUAAGUAAAGUCGAUUAAUUCAAAUUGUUUGUUGUAGCCGCAAGUUUUUAGUACUUAUUAACUAUAAACUGGCUAAUAAUUUUUUUAAGUGCAAAAUAUUCGUGCAUACAAGCAUACGUGAUUGUGAAAACCUUAUACACAGUCAAAAUGACUGCAUAUUGGAGGAUUACCGUCGUAUGCCUGCUUUCCUUAUGGAUUGGCUCAACUCAACAACAAUCAACUCCGAAUCUUGACGAUUUACUGAAUAAAAUCUUCACAACAGAGGCAACACCAUUCCAGCCUGUACCGACUAAGACUACUGUUCUUCAGCCUAAUCCUCAGCCACAACCAGAACCACAGCCCAAUCCAAAUCCGGCACCACCAAUUGAUCCUGGAAGUGGCAAGGUUUGUGGCCUGAACAAAGAAUGUGUGGCACGUUUCUUGUGUAAUGAAGAUGGCGCAGUCAAUACAGAUGGCACAACGCUCAUUGAUAUCCGCUUCGAUGGCGACGAACAGUGUACUUACUUGGAGGUCUGCUGUAAUACACCCGAUAAGUUGACAGAGCCCAAGGUGCCCAUAAAGCCAGAUGAAACACAUGAAGGCUGUGGUUAUCGCAAUCCCGAUGGUGUCGGCUUCCGAAUUACUGGCGACAAGGAAGGCGAGGCACAAUUUGGCGAAUUCCCGUGGAUGGUAGCCAUUUUGCGUGAUGAAGUGAUUGGCGGCGAAACAUUGAAUAUUUACGAAUGUGGCGGCGCUGUGAUCGCACCAAAUGUUGUCUUGACCGCAACCCAUUGUGUACUCAACCUCGAACCGCAUGUGCUGGUGGCACGCGCUGGUGAAUGGGAUACACAAACCAAACAGGAAGUGCUGCCACAUCAGGAUGCGCGCGUCAAGGAGAUUAUACGUCAUGAAAACUACAAUAAAGGUGCACUUUAUAAUGACGUGGCACUACUCAUAUUGGAGACACCCUUCUAUUGGGAAGAAAAUGUGCGUCCCGUCUGUUUGCCCGAACCGAAUGCCAAUUUCGACUAUGCACGUUGUUACGCCACUGGCUGGGGCAAGGACAAGUUCGGUAAAGAUGGUACGUAUCAAUUGAUUUUGAAGAAAAUCGAUCUUCCUACUGUGCCCAGAGAUACCUGCCAAGCCAAUCUGCGUAGAACUCGCCUGGGCAAAUACUUCAAUUUGGAUAAAAGUUUCAUGUGUGCUGGCGGCGAGCGGGGCAAGGAUACUUGCAAAGGUGACGGUGGCUCACCGCUGGUAUGCCCCGAUCCACAAAAUCCUAAACGUUACUAUCAAGCUGGUAUCGUGGCUUGGGGUGUGGGCUGUGGCGAGGAAAAUGUACCAGGCGUCUACGCCAAUGUGCCAUACCUACGCAACUGGAUCAAUGACAAGCUCGCCGCAAGAGGAAUUGAUUUUAAAUAUUUUACGGUUUAAAUAGCACUGAAAUUAGUAUGCAACACACUGUUUGUUUUAAAAAUGUACUUUGAUAUUGUACGAUAAUAUUUGAAAUAAAUGAUUAAAAUAUAGAUAGACACAAAUAAA